AUGGGAAAAUACCAGCACAUCAACACAUCUCUAUACGAUCUGAAAUACCAUAUGCUGAUAGACACAGUAAACUCUAAAGCAAAAGACCCGAGAAGCACUCUCUUAGAAGUGCUCUCUUCCCGCAUAAAACACUCCUUCAAGGAUAUCCCAGAGGAAAAGCUUGCAGAAAUUGAAGCAUUAGUAGACACUUUCCUGCAGGAACGUCUAGACCCGGUAUUAGCCAACAUAGCAAAAAGACACUGUGCAGUAAGUCCCGAGAUCCUGGAAAUCCUCAAGAAGGAAGCCAUAGCAGAAGCUCCCUCCGAACUCUUAUACGGUCGUUCUGCCUUAAGCACAGAAAUAGACUAUUAUACUUUAAAACGGACAGUUACGUACAAGGACUUCUAUAUGCAUACUCUCAAGAAAAAGAUCGAACUGCAUAAAAUCUACAAGGAAACUCAGAAGCUAGUCAUUGCCCAGUGCGAGAAAAUGCUCCAGACCAAAGGAAUGGAGAGAUCUGAAAAACGCAAAUUCAAGUCUGCCCUUGCUAGUGAUAGAGAGAACCUGGAAAGACUCACUAAUACGUUAGAAGACCUUCUGAAGGAGGAAAAAAGAAUUUCUCAGGAGGAGCCUAUGGAGGAAGAAAAAGAAAAGUGUACUGAAGAAAAUAUUUUCAAUUCUGACAGUUACACUUUAGAUCUGAUGCUUGAGAAAGUUAAAGCGUAUUCUUCUGGGGAUGAAAGUAAUUCCAGCGUGUAUUUUGACCUGAAGAAAAUAACGGAAAAUAACGGAAAAAACAUAACCAUCUCCACUCCAGAGUAUCAAAGAUACUACGGGCCAAAUAGCAAGAAUCUGCUUUCUGCUGAAGAGAAGUUAGAAGAGAAGAAGCGCGUAUACGAGAAAAUGAGUAUGUAUAAGUUUUAUGAAGAGAUGCAUCCUUAUUUUGGGGCUGUGGUAGACGAUGUCUAUGCGUAUUUUAGAAGUCUAAUCAGCAUAGAUGCAGGCUCUUUUAUUGCAAACUUAUUCUGGAGGAAUAGAUCAGAACUGAAAGAAGACUUGGAAGAGCCUGAAAGGGCGGAACUGAAGGAGCUUUUGAAUGUCUUGGAGGAAUCCACCGACAAGAUGUACAUUAUUGAGUCUACCUUCUUCGCAAAUCUAUACAGAAUCCACGAUGCCUUCCAAGUGGCUGAUUCUCCGUUGAAUAUGCUUAGUGCGUGGGGGAGGGGGAGUUUUUUGUUCUUUAGCGAUGAUUUUAAAAAAAUAGCGUCUAGAUUUCCAAAUGUGGAAAGAAAUUCAGGUUUCGGCAAGGCUUUUCAUGCCCUGUUUAUCCGCGCAUACGAAAAGAACGAAAGGGCAAGACAGCUGCACAGGAACGCAAUGGAGACAGAAGAGUGUCUUGAAAGGUUUCGAACGAGUGAAACAGAUGAGACCACGGAGGACUAUAAAUUCAGGUUUGAUGAAUAUGAAAAAUUUGCAACGGAAAAUCCAGUGCCUGAUUUUUCAGGUUCUAUUGAAGAGAUUUCGGCUGAGUUCCUGGACGAUGGGGUCACUCCGCGCGAAAUCAAAGUCAUGCUCUCAUUGCUGAAGAUUCUCCAGAACAUGUAUACUGAAGAGCUGAAAGAUGAAGCCAAACCAGAGUCUGAGAGAGUAGAAUUGAGUGAAAGUCUAUCGGAAACUGAGGAUGAGAUAGAAGUUCUUAACCAGAAACUGCAUUCAUUUGCGGAUUUAAGCAAGGAAGAAGCCAAAAGGAACGAAUGUUUCCGUUAUGCUUAUCUGAUGAAGUACAAAAUCGAGUGUUUGCUGCACAUAGACAGGCUCAAGAAGGAGGCUGAGGAGGAAGUGGUCACACUGGCUAAGGAAGUUAUAAGAGAGAUUGAAGAGACCCCGAAUAACCCAGAAUUUAACAGAAAAGCGAAAGAAAUGUUUGAUGAUGUUAUUGAGAAGGAGCCCCACCGUCUGUUGACUCCGGAGUUUAUCGUUGAAAACGAGCACUUUUUGAAGGAACUGCCAAAGAUGGUAGAUGAGCUUGACAAAAGAAUCGCUGAAACUUUGGGGGAAAGUUCGGGUAAAGUAAUCAGUGGAAAAUCCAAGUACCAUCUUACGCUUCAAAAUUCGAUCCUCGCACUUUUCUUCGUCUUUAUGCUCCUGUCUCUGGGGCUGGUGUGCAACUCGGAAUUUUCAUAG